AUGGAGCGCGCCGAUCCCAUAGAGUUCCAGUCCAAUAAGCCUUCCGCUCCCCCCGGACAAGCUUCUGGGGUUGUUCAGGAGCCGACUGGUUCACAGAUUCCCCUUUCUUCUAUCAUAGGCGACGGAUCCCAGGGGCAAACUGCGAUUUCCAAUCCUGACUCGGAAACGAAUCGAGCCUCGACGCUACAAACUCGGCUUACCAGACCUGACCUGUCAAUUUCGAGAGACCUAUGGGACGUGGCAUACGAUGCUCUCCAAGAGUCACACCCACUACUCUUGAAUGAAUAUGAAAAGAUCUUGUCCUCUAGGCUACGGGGUCCAGAAGAUGAUGCUAGAGGAGAGCAACCGAUCAACUUGAUCGACCGCACUGAUAACGAUAGAAGACGGCAACAGAUGAUCGAUGUUAUAAGGCUAGGAAUACAGAAAUUGGAAGAAACUCUAAAAACGGCUCUAGAAACCAACCACGGCAAAUUCAUCGCCCGAAUGAAGGAUGACAUCCGCUCUGCGAUACAGGAUACGCCUGAGCUCAAGCAGGAGUUACCACGGCGAGGGUGGACGGAGUGGACGAGAAACCCUGACCAACGCAGAGGUGCCUCUCAAAUGCUAGACCUCUGCUCUACCAUGAACUUCUUUUGCGAUUUGCCUAAAGUUCUUCUUCAAAAUGGCUUGGCGGAAUAUAACGACCGCUUCUCCCAGGCGCUGAGAACAGAUAUCCGCGAGUUGAUUCUAAAUCAAUACCGGGCAAUCUUGUUAUUCCAAAUCCAGCUCCUCUACUCUUGCUACCGGACAAGCGGAUUCCAACUCGCAGACCUCGGCAAUAUAUCCGCGGAUUGGGGUCCAGUAGCCCUCGCGAGGGAAAGCCUAACCCAUGGCCAGCGCGACUUGCUGCCCCAUUCUGUUGGACUUGCUGCUGUCGGGGUUUGCGGAAUUUGCGACAAAAUCCGCGAACUGUUGCUGUUGGCUAUCUUAACGUUGGGGGUACGGACCGCUCACCUACAUUUAAGCCAAGGCGGUGGCAAUGACGAUGACACAAAGGCAACCGAUUCAACGUUUAUAGACGCUCUCUCAGAGUUUGUCGAACAGUUCAUAAGCUCUCAUCCUCCGGCAAUGGACAAGACCCUCUUCGAGAUACACUGGAGCUUUUCCAGCUCCAGGAGGCUGAGACCACCAACAUCGGUCAUUACUACAACGUGCUUAAGGGUGGCUGCCAACAUCAUCGGCCUCGAGAGUUUAUUGCGCCAGAUACAGCAGCACUACGCCUCAACGGAGAUCAGUGCUGAGAUUGCUGAGAUCACUGAAACACUGCUCCAAAGUCUGCUGCCGCAAGGCAAGCAAGCGGUGCGGGAAUACUUCCGGAUCUAUAUCAGAGAAAGAACGUCAAUGGCAUACACUCUAGACCCCGUCAUUAAGGACACUUCAGUGACGACGGAAGUUAACAGCCCUUGUCGGGGAGGGCCGGCUGCCUUGUCGGCAGAUGCCACACAACCCGAUGCGGCCAAACACAAUGUUAUAGGGCUAGUCAUAGCUGUAGACGGCGACGGUAUGACUGCGGCAGACGGUAGGGAUUUCAUCAAUAUUUUUGGGCCGGGGGACUGGAACCAACGUCUCGAGGCUGUGGAUAAUCGGCGGGUGGUAAAUCACCCCAACGUCCCGGCUAGCGAUCAGUUUUCGCUGCCUCACCCCAUUGUUGCCCGUGUGGACUCCUAG